AUGAAGAUUGAUCCCCAAAGUUAUUCUGCAUGCAACGGAGAGUUGCCACCAUUAUGUGCCAGUUUGAUUGAAACAAUCAAAGGAGCUACGACAGUAGAACGCUUCAUUGAGGAAUUAAACCGAGCUAGGGAUCUUCAAGCUGUGCUAGGAAAGACCGAAUUAUCAAGAUGGGCAGAUGUGUUAAAUCGGUGCGACGAGAUUUUAGAAGAUGCUACUGUUAUUCAAGACCAUGAAAUGAAGGUUGAUCGAUGCGGUUUUACGAAAUACAAUACGAUUUCCAUACUUCGUUUCACUGGGCUUCUCUUUGACUGCACAUCAACUAGAAGAAUAUAUGCAAGCACAGAUCGAAUUAUUCGAUUGACGGAAUGCACUGAUAUGGAUCUCGUCGGUGAAGUAUUGAGACUUCUGCAAACCAUCAGCAAGCGAUCCAAAUUCCUCACUCAAAGGCUAUGUCCAGAAGAUCAAGCCUCUCUCGUCAUGAGUCUCACAGCAAUGGCACAAUGCUGGGGAGGCAAGCUGCGCAAUCUGAAGAUGGAGGAUUGCGUUCAUAGUGACGUGAAACUACCUCCUUUGUUCCCGUUUACCUUUACAGACAGUAAAGCCAAACAUACCAUGGUUUUUGAGCGCCACAUGGUUGACCAACCAUUGUUAAAGGUAGUAGACGAAUUUGCCAAAGGAAUGACACCUGAAGACAGAUAUAGUUUACUGGCCAGAAUACGGAUGUUGCGCCAUUUUGAAGUUCGGGAGCACAGAAUGCAAUGUCUAAUUGUGCGACUACUGUCUAUUUCAACUUUAAUUUAUUGCCGUUGCCAGCCAGAUGAUGUUCAAAUAAGUGCUUUAUUGUAUAGUGGAUUUAUUGAAGAAGCUGUCGCCUUAUUGAAAGUUGAUCUUAAUUCUCAUGAGCUAAUGGAUCCUAUACAAACUGAAGCGUUAAGAAUGCUCUGUAGCGUUGUUUCUCUGGAAAAAGCCAGCAGAACAUCACAAAUUCUGGACGUAUUGAGUGCAGGAUCGUACCAUGGUUUCCUAGCCGUGUUUACAAGGAAUAUAGUAGAAGAUAUGAAGAGAAAUGCGUUGAAUACACCAGGAAAGCCAAGUGUUGCAUUGAGUACAGCGCUGCUGUCAUUUAUUUAUCAUCUCAGCAACAAUGAUCCUGGAGGAGAGACUUUGGCUGCUUGCGGUCUUACGCAGACAUUGCUGAGCGUGAUUUCUCAUCACGCUCUUCCCCUUGACCAGGCAACUUUAGCAACGCGAUGUACUCGUAUAACCGAUAAUUUCACAACGAUCGAUGUCACAGGGUUCAAUAACUGCAAAGGAAUGGAUAUCUGCAUCGACCGCCUAAUAUAUGAGGUGGACGAGUGCAGAAAGGAGCAGCCAUUUGUGAUCGACACUAGCGGCGACGUUGAUGAUGACAGCGUCGGAAGCGUUUUUGUACGGGCACCCGUUAUUGGAAAAACAUGCCAUCCACAACGCUCCGGCUUGAUCAAAGCGCUCAUCACAUUUAUCAAGCGAGCGAUCCAGGACACACAGUUUCAAGACAGCGUUCGACAUAUUAUGGAAGGACAAUUGCCUGAUGCUCUGAUGCACAUAAUCAGUAAUUCGGAAUACUAUUCUGCAUCAUUAUAUCACCAUGCCACACAACUUGUUGUCAACUUUAUCUACCAGGAACCAGCUCAAUUGACUGUUCUCCAAAACAGGCAUGUACCAUAUGUCAUACUUCAGAGUAUGUUGCGAAAAGAGCUUCCAAAUUCACGCGACGUGAUUAGUCAUAUGGGAAACGUGUUUACAGCGCUUUGUCUGAAUGAGAAAGGACUGAAGCAGUUCAAGGCCUACGCACCAUUUGAUCAUGUGUUCAACAUCGUGCUUAGCAUAAAAUUCAUCGUAACCAUGAAAAAGAAGCGAAGUGAAAUGAAUGAAGCUGCGCAGGGAAUCGGAAGCUCAUUGGAUGACUUGUUGCGACAUCAGCCUACAUUGAAACCAUUGAUGCUCAAUUCAGUACUCGGGAUGUUGGAUCGUCUCGUUGAACUCGGUAACAAUCCACCACCUAAUACGAAGAUUGUUAUGGCGUUAUCACGGUCGGCUAGCAAAGCUGCCAGUCAGAGUUUUGGCAGUGGGUCAAAUACGCCAAAUGUUGAACAGCUACCGAUGUCCCCACCAGAAAUCGAAGAAAUGUCUGAUGACGACGACGAAGCGGAAAUGAGUAUGGAUGAACUGAGCGGCGUCGGUCAAUGUAUUGCAGACAAAAUGGGUCUCGAAAUGGAUUGCCCAUCUGAUGCAAAAGAUGGCACAAGACUUCUUCCACUAGGCGACUAUUUGCUGAUUUUCACGAAGAUUUUUGAAGCCAUCAUUACACAAGUAGCCGCUGCAGACUUAGUCGAAGGUUUUGUUGAGAAGAAUGGUGUCGAAAAGAUUUUGUCGCUUUGCAAUCUUCCAUCAUUGGCUGCCGAUCUUGCUGCAAGCACGUUUUCCGCAAGCGUUGGAUGCAUUGUGAAAUUUGUGCUGCAACAUGUAAAAGCUGGAGAUAAACUGAUGCUGUCCAUAAUGGAAGUUUUCUUGCAAUCUAUCAAUCCUUUCGUUCUGCGAACAUCGCGUGGGUACAGUGAGUCCAACGGAGGUGGUGCAUCUUUACUUGUACCACUAGGAGAUGAAGGAAUCGUAACCGCAAUUACCAGUAUGAGCAAUGCUGUUCCCAUACUCAGUAUGCUGACCAAGAAUAACAGUCUCUCCGUUCCCGGCACACAGGGAGAUCUGCGGAAUCGUGUUUGGGACGCUUGGCUCACGGAUACAGGAAAAAGGUUACAUACAGGAUUCAGAAAGGUUUCCCGUGUUCUUGCGUGGGAGACAGCUCUACUCAAAAUGAUAGAACCGACGAAAGCGGUAGCAACGACGCAAACAGAUCCAAGCGAAAUUGAAGCUCUAUCAGUUGGAACAAGCGCUCCGAUAAGUCACAGUCCCUCUGAGCCGAACAACGUAAUGUCCGUGGCUGUUGAUCCACCCGCGACUGCUGCUCGUCAACCAGCUUGGGCAAUGGCAGGAAUCACACAGGCUGAGAACGCGUUUUGGCAUCGUCACAAAAAUGUUGCUGACAUGGUAAUAAAGGCUAAUAAAACUGUCUCGGAGUUUCUCAGUCAGCUGUCUCGAUCAUGCUUUGUACCUACAAGACGCAAUCGAAGAUAUGACUUUUCUGCCUCGACCAUGACCAAAUCUGCUCAACAAAUGGCAGAUGAAGUUUUUGCCGGUUUCUUCCGUGAUCUUAAAUGGACUUGUUAUAAAGUGCCUGAGGGUGGACCCAUUCCUCCUAUGGAGUUUGGUCGCCUUCAAGAAGUAAUCGUGCAAAUGUCUGUCGCUUUAUUCGAUGAUCGUCGUCAACCUUUUCAUGCAAUGCUUCAACGUUUCUAUACCUCUGGAUGCCAUAAUGCCUUCUGUGAUCUAAUGAUGAACAAACUUGCGCCUGCCCUUGGAAACGACUACAAUGAUUGGCUGGAACUUGCAUUCCUUGAGUGGUUCCGUCUUGCCAGCAAGUUGGCACAUAAACAGAACAUGUUGCAUUCGAUGUACCGACAGCCACAACCAUUAACAAUUGAGUUCGAUCCUAAAAAAUACCUGAAGCUUGUGCAUAACGAUUUCUUCCGCGCAUUUUGCGUUUUGUUCGCCAAGUUGUCCGACGAGAAAGUUGACUUGAAGUGCUGUCAGACCUUGUGCGAGACGGCCAUUUCUGUAUAUAAAGAUGUUGCACACAGCCUCACUCCUGUUUCUGAAGAUAAUCAGCGGGCUCCAAAUGACGAACUAAACGAUCCCUUAAGAGCACAAGCUGCAGAGGGUGAGGAGUCUCAACGGGACGCUGUGCUAAGACAGCUAUUACCAGAAGGAAGUGUUUCCUUGUUGGUUGACAUGGGUUUCCCUCAUGAAUUAGUCGUCCAAGCUCUGGAAGAAACAGGCUCCACCGAAGGAGCAACCGAAUGGCUGAUCAAUAGAAACGCCGCUGGGCUGCAGCAGGUGAUUUUACGUCUGUGGCUUUUUUUCAAGUUGCUGAAUUUACGUUUUUUGUCUAAUAUUGCAUUAAUUUGGCAGUCACUGGAAAGAAGCAAUGAUGUGGGAGAUUUGGAAGAAGGUGAAUUUGUCGAUGCCAACUUACCUUUCCUUCUCGGAGUUGCGGUGUCAUCUAGUAGCGGUACCAGUGACGAAAGAGAUGCAAGGCGUGCAGCCGGAACAAGCUCUUCGGUAGAUGCUGAAGACUCUGUGGAAAUGCCGAUAAUUACUCCGUUGAAGGAGCUCAACAUUGAUACAGAUUUGUCCAUAUCACGUGCUUGCAUUGAAUUAAUGCCAUUAUGUAAGCGCUUGAUGGAGCUUGGUUCGGAUCUUGUAUUCUCAUGUGCUGAUCUUGUCUCGGGUAUGGUUAGCACCCUGGAUGAAGAGUGGCGUCGUCGUCAUUUGAUUGGCCAGAUAAUGACAGAAGAGAUCAUAACCAUGGCUCAGUCUGUUAUGAGUGGGCCAUCUGAACACGCUGUUCGUGUGCUGUCUACAAGAAUCCAUUUCGCCUGUUUAUUGUUCGACUACGUCGCUGACGAAUACCUUGAGGCCAGUGCCUCACAGCCUAUGGUUUCAACUAUGCUUCUUCUCCUUGGUUUUGUUUAUGACAACUUUGAUGUCGAUUAUAUGCAGAAUGGAAAAGAGAAGGAUUACACCGUUGACUUUACUCUGAUGAAACAGAACGACGGGCUUGCCUGUCAUCAAGCUGUUUUCGCGGAAUUACCUGAUGGUGCUGAAAUUGACAUAGAGACUCUCAUGAAAUCGGAGCGUGAGUCUGUGUGGACUACCGCUGAGACAUCUCGAUUGCUGAUAAUUGUAGUCAGUCUGCUGCACAAAUCGUUAAUUCAUCAUACUGCUGCUCAUACUAUACUCGCAUUUGUUGCGCGGCUCACCAGAGACUCGAAUUGCGCUGCAAACUUCAUUCAGCAAGGUGGUAUCGCGGCUGUCUUACAGCUGCGUUGUUCUACAACACCAUCAACUUCUGUUCUUACAUCACUGAUCAUCAGGCAAUGUAUAGAUGAUGAGAACAUGAUGGCACAGGUGAUGGAGAAGAGUGUACGCGUCGUUACGAAUCCGGUGCAGUCUACUCCUCUAUCAGAGUAUCUUGGAAUGUCGGAAAAUAAACCUAAGGAUUGGUGUGAAACGCUGAAUAAGCUUUCACCAUUGUCUACAAGGGCUCCCGCCAUUUUCGUGAAUACAAUGGAAAAGUGUGCGAAAUUGGAUGGUACCUUGAUGGUUUCAACUUCAUCGAAGCCUCAUUUCUCAGCUCCUACCAGCAAUGAACGAACGCAACAGAUUGUCCAACUUCUGCUUCGUGAAUGCCUCCAUGGUGAAUGGCCAUCAGAAAGUAGCGUUCCAUUAGGACACACUAGAAUGAUAAGUCGAGGAGCCAUAUUGAGCCUAUUGGCCGAGUUAGUCAAGUCGUACCCCGGAGUUGCCUCAUUGAUAUGCGAAGCAAAAGAAGAUGGUCAAAGCGUUAUUCAUCAACUAAUUGAGCAUUUCAUAGAUGGAUCACAGGAGAAAGAUACACUUGGCUCGUUAAAGACGCUGAUCUCCAUCUUAGCGGCGUGCAAUCACUCCCCCAAGGCGCAGGAAUCGCUUGUGUCUGAUAUGAAGGCGUCGUUGGUCGCUGUUGGAAACUCGUCGCUUUCUUCGUCGGCAAUCUGCAGCAAAGCUGUAAUCAAUGCUGCUGUCGCUGAUGCUGUAAGAAUACCAUCACCAAGCAAUAGCAGGGAUGCUGCUUUGAGUCAUGCCAUUGAUUUGGGUUUGCUCGCCAACAAUCUGCUCAGCGAUGCACGUGAAUUGAGCACCGAACAAGACGAUAGAAACGAUCAGAUGCUUGUACGUGUUAGUGACAAUGCGUAUCUCAGCGAUAAUGACCAACCUCAGGAAAACGACCAUCAUCGCAGUGAAGUGAUGGAUGAGGAAAUGGAUGAAGAAGCGGUCGAAGACUCAAUGUCAUCUGGUGAAGAAGAUAACGAAGACAGAACUGUUGAGGAUGAAGAAGGGGAUGAUCGCGAGGAAGAUGACACCAUGGAUGGUGAAGAUCAGGAUGAUGAAGAAGAGGAAGAUGAUGAAGAUGGACGGAGGGAAGGCGAUGUGCAAGCUACUGUUAGAGUGGAUGCAGAAGAAAGUGGUGAAGAUGGAGAGGAAGAGGAGGAGGACGAUGAUGAAGAGAUGUAUGAUUAUCCCGAAGAAGAUGAAGAUGCUUUGCACGACAUGACAUUUGAUUUACUCGAUCGUCCAGGAUUGUCUUCCUUCGGAUUUGACGACUUUAUAUUCGGCCCUCCUAUUGGAAUAAACAGAGAGCAUCGCGGGGCUCGUAGAGAACAGUCAAGUGCUGGCGUACAUCCUCUAAUGGUAAGGCCGGCUCACAUUGCUGAUUCGCAACCGUCACAUAAUCAACAAUCUGCGCCUACGUUGGGCAACUAUCGCAGUCUUUUGUUGGAUAGUGGAAACGCGGGAAUACCAGUAACCCUGACUCGGCAAAACGCUCUCCGUCGAAUCGGCGGUGCGGACCGUGGUCGUGUUGGUCCAACAAGCCAGUUCUUUGACAGGCUAUUUGACUUGCAUGCACGUGACCGUGGUGGCCCAUUAAUGAAUAUGACAGCAGGACGAAUCGUAAGUAUGGGAUCAAAUUUGCUGGACAGUCCAGAAGAAAGGCGGAUGCGCCAGCCAGCGUCUGCACCUUCGGCUCUUGAUCGCUAUACUGAUGGCGCUGAUAUGAUGGAUGGUGUAUCAAUGCAAUAUGUCGCUAUAAUUAUAAAUACCAUAGUGACUCGUGUUGCUAGAAAACGUGUUGAAGAGGAGAAGGCUAAAGAAGCGGCAGAGCAAGCAGCCAAGAAACUCCUCGAGGAAAGCAGCAAAGGAACCUCUGAAAGUGCACCAAAGGCAAAUGAAGAGACGGGUAGCUCAGCGGCUACAGCUACUGUCUUGGCCCAUCCUCCUACUGAAGUUGCUCGGCAAGCAUGGGAUGAAUCUGCCUUGGCCAAUCGCGCAGAAGACGUCAACACAGCGAUGAGUACUGGAGACAGUGUAGCUAAUGGAGACACCCCUUGUUUACCGGUAGUCGAAGGAGAAGCCAUGGACACGUCAGAAGCAUUUGAACCCCGUGAUGUCGAAGCAGACGUGUCCAUGGACGAAGCUCCGCCGCACUCCUCUGCUGCAACUGUCGCUUCUUCUCUACCUGAAGCAGAAGCCGAUGAGGAGAGGAUGAUAACUCCUCCUCUUCCUGCUGUCUCGAAUGUAAAUAAUGUAGGGGAGGAAACAAGGGAUGCUAGCGACAGAUCUGACAACUCUGGUCACACCGAAACUACAACAGAUGAACCUUUGACGAAUGGCAAUGCAGCCAGAGCUGCUACUGAAAAUAACUCUAUUCCAGAAGAAAUUCGCGAAAUACUUGGUGAUAUUGAAAUACCUGACGGUGUCGAUCCUGCAUUCCUUGCUGCACUGCCAGAGGAUAUGCGUGCAGAAGUUAUUCGUGAUCAUCGUCGACAGCAACGUGCCCAACGCGCUGCUCAAGUUCCAGCUACGGUUCCUCAGCAGGGAGAUGGCAGCGGUGAAGGUGCUUCGAAUGUUGUGCCAAUUGUCGAACCCCUAGAUCAGGAGUUCCUUGCUGCUUUACCACCUGAACUUCAAGAAGAGAUUCUGGCUCAACAUGAACGGGCGGUUCGUGAUGCUGAGGAGGCGGUGCGUCGAGCGAACGCGCCAGCUCCACCUGCAGCUCCGGAACCUGAAAUGGAUGGUGCGGCUGUGAUUGCAUCACUUCCUCCUCAUGAAAGAACGCAGGUACUAGCCGAAAUGGAAGAAUCCGAACUGCAACGUCUCCCCACUGAGAUGCAGGAAGAGGCUCGACGUGCUCGUGCUAAUCUUGAACCAUUACAGAACAUUCUUCGCUUCCGCCAUUUGUUGAUGCCAUCUUCGGCUCGAUCGCGAGGCCUUCGUUCGAACGUAAACUUGGCUGGUUUUGGGGGUGGAUUUGGAGGGAUGGGUGCCAGUGGAAGCCAUGGGGCCGGCAGCAGCGGCACUCCGUCUGUUGGCAGCCUAGCUGGACAAGCAAACACCGCUAGUACUCAAUCACUACAGCUUCUUGAUCGGGACUCAAUACUGAUCCUCACAAUGCUGUUCUUGGUCGACAGUCGAUUGAGCAACGGUCGUUUACAGAAGCUAGUCUCCGUUUGUCCAUCAUGGCUUGAUUCUAUAACUGUCUCUGGUGUAGGUCACAACGAGCGUGCGCUAAAGAUUGCUAAGAAUGUGUCUAGAGUGGCUAUACAUCCUUUACUCUCGCCUGGUCUUUCGAAAAACGUGCUCGACAGUCUUGGUACUAUCGCAAAGACGUAUCCUGGACAUUUCCUUCCAUCUAGUCUUCGAAAAACAUCACAACAAGCGCAGUCCAAAGAAGGAGCAUCGGAAAGCUCACCAGCUCCUGUUCGUGAUGCGAGUCCCCCACUUGAGGUGUUUUGGGAACUGGUACAGGCAUCAUCUUGUAAAUCCCUUGCUGCGAAGGAGGCGCGUGAAAGUGCCGAGCGUAUGUCUCUGGAGAGUUCUCACAUGGGACGUCUUAUGCGACACCUCAGCAAAAAUUUAGUUGCUCAAAAUGGACAAGUUCAAGAUCGUUUACUACGUGUAAUUAGUUCGAUUGUGCAAACCUUGCCGAAUGACACGAUGGCAUUAUUGGGUAAUCUAGAGGGUCCAAAGCCAUUAGAAAGUCAGUUGAAAGCCGUCAUCGACGUCCUCAUGCGUGGAUCAUGUAGCAAUGAAGGCCUUGCUGACGGGCGUACAUUGCUCGUUGAAUGCAUGCGUGCGCUUCCUCCCUCCAUAACGGACACCAUCUAUGAGCAGCUGUUCACUGCAGUGCAAAACGUUGGGCUAGAGUUACAACCACAGAUCGAACGGCUUAUCGAAGAACUAGGUGAACCAGAGACCAAUGCUGUAACGGAAGAUGUUCCAUCCACCAGUAAGGCUCCGCCAACCACAUCUAAUGCAGAUUCAAAUGCUGCUGAUGCAUCGAUAGAACGUGACAGACGGCUGGCACGCACUAGAAUAGGACGUUUGGUUCUUGAUGCGGAAUCUGGCGGUCGAUUCACAUUGAGCGCAAGUUCUUGCCCUGAACUUCAACUGCCGGCAGUAACUAUGUUAACAGACAAGUCUGGUGCUCAGUAUAAGCUUUUGAGUGCUCUGCAGACAUUGUCUAAAAUACGUGACACUAUGCGCCAAAUGAAGGAAGAACGCCGCAAAAAGGAAGAGCUGGAGAAGAAAAAGAAAGAAGAAGAAGCCAAGGCUGCGGAAGCCAAGCAAAGCGGAGAGGCUAAAACAAUUGAUCCUGUUGCUGUUGAGGAACCUGUGGCAGCAACAUCAGAUACAUCAGACCCCGCUGCUGCCCCGGAAGGAUCAACUCCUAUGUCCACAUCUACAAGUGUCAAUAAUGAGGACCAGCCUAAACCACCGGUAGAGGAAUCCAACGAGGAUGUGGUGCUGAGUCAUCGUUUGACUGGUCUUGAAGAACUUUGGGAAGUCGUAUCAACGUGUCUCCUCCGCCUUGGUAAAGCAUCGGAUCAUCAUGCUGUGCUCGCACUUCAACCUGCAGCGGAAGCUUUCUUCCUAGUUCACGCGGUACCACGUCCUGCCAACGUCACAAGUGACCAUCAUCACGACGAUCCCGAUACCCUAAAAAUGAUCGCAUUCGCAGAAAAACACCGAGAAGUCCUCAAUCAAGUACUUCGACAAAACAAUUCCGCAUUGUCGCCGGGUGGUCCAUUCGCUGCCCUAAUCCAAUUCCCAAAAUUGUUGGACUUUGAUGUCAAGAGGAAGUACUUCAGAAAGGAGCUUGGAAAGAUGGAUGGAGAUAGAGGGUUCCGUCGAUCUGACGUACAAGUCCAAGUUCGAAGGUCACAGAUAUUCUCUGAUUCCUUCCGGGAAUUGUACAGGCUGAGACCAAAUGAGUGGAAGCAUCGCUUUUACAUUAUCUUCCAAGGCGAGGAAGGCCAAGAUGCUGGUGGUCUACUUCGUGAGUGGUUCUCAGUGAUCACGCGAGAAAUAUUCAAUCCGAACUACGCGCUUUUCAUCACGGCACCAGGAGAUAUGGUCACAUAUAUGAUUAACAAGGCCUCCUACAUUAAUCCUGAACAUCUGGAUUACUUCAAGUUUGUGGGACGGUUGAUAGCCAAAGCCAUUUAUGACAACAAACUUCUGGAUUGCUAUUUCACACGUGCCUUCUAUAAGCACAUCCUCAAUCUACCUGUGCGAUAUCAAGACAUUGAGAGCGAGGAUCCUGCUUUCUACAAAUCACUCGAGUUCUUGCUCAACAAUCCCAUCGAUGAUCUGGGGCUGGAUUUAAGCUUCAGUCUUGAGGUGGAAGAGUUUGGUGUCCGUUCAAUCCGCGAUUUGAAACCGGAUGGAAGAAAAAUCGACGUGACGGAUGCGAAUAAAGAGGAAUACGUCAAGCUUGUCUGUCAAAUGAAAAUGACAGGUUCUAUUCGAAAACAGCUUGAUGCAUUCCUUACCGGCUUCUAUGAAGUGAUUCCUAAACAACUGAUCAGCAUGUUCAAUGAACAAGAACUCGAGUUGCUCAUAAGUGGUCUCCCUGAUGUGGAUAUUGACGAUUUGUCAAAUAAUACUGAGUACAAAAUGUAUACAAAAACUAGUGCACAGAUUCAAUGGUUCUGGCGUGCACUUAGAUCGUUUGAACCAGAGGAUCGCGCAAAGUUCCUGCAGUUUGUCACGGGUACCAGCAAGGUGCCUCUACAAGGGUUUGCAAGUCUAGAAGGAAUGAAUGGUAUCCAGAAGUUUAGUAUUCACAUGGAUUGCCGUGGUGGUGAUCGCCUACCUGCCGCUCACACAUGUUUCAACCAGCUCGACCUUCCUCAAUACGAGUCCUAUGAGAAACUUCGUGAUUCUCUACUGAUGGCUAUUCGCGAGUGCACUGAAGGCUUUGGAUUUGCUUAA